AUGAGACAUCGGGUAACGUUUGUGCAUUCGCCAAGCGACAAUGUCGUGAAGACUCUCAAUUCCUCCUAUGUUGAACUUGAAAAUGUCUUGACUGCUCGAGAGGACAAAAUCUCCUUCGACAAGGACAGAUACUCACACAUUAGCUCUUUGAGGGUGCAAAUAGUCAAACCUUUUGAGACCACAGAGUUGACUAAACCUUUCUCCUAUGAUUAUCAACCGGGACUACAUGUGUAUGUAGUUCCCCAGGCGAUGGCAGGGAGUGCCGAGGAAGACAUGUUCCCAAAGCAAGUAAGCGAGGUUUUGGACGAAUUGUUUGGUAUUCUGGUCAACACAGACGACAUGAUUCUUUCCUUCAACUCUUUUUACUACCACACAUCCGAAAUUCCCGAAGUCAAGCUGCUCUUUGCCGAUAAACUUGGUACUAACUGGGAUGCACUUGAUUAUUUCCAUUCAGAGGGCUCUGCCGUCGUCAAAUCAUUGGAAGUCGCUCUGAAAAGAUUGGUGGUCAGUGAAACCUCCGACUACGCCGAAAUCGGCAUUUUUAGCUUGGAUGAGCAUUCUACUGCAGAUGAUAUAAUUUUGACCGGAAUAAGGGCUGUAUUCAAUGACAACGACCAAGAAGACAAGGACGAAGAUGCAUUUGUACAUAAGACCAUGUUUCACGUCAAGCCAAGACACAGAACGCUCAGCUUGGUCGAUCCAAAGCUUAAACCCAAUGGCUUGCAUCCGAUCUUUGAGUUAGAUUCUCCUUCGGAACCAACGGACGAAGACGUUCGCAACUGCAAGCUUUAUUGCUAUUUGACUUUGGAGAAUGCCGUUUUCCUUGACCGCUAUCAAAUUCCGGAGCAGAUGCAAAUUUUGGCCAACUAUGGUCCAAAUAACUUGGAGCUUCCUUCGUACGCUAUAGAUGAAUGGGGAAACGAGGUUUUGAUGGAAGUCAAUAACCCCAAGUUCCCCGUGGAGUUAACCUUGCAUUCUCGGUAUCAACUCCCAAAUAGCAGCAGGCUGCACACAAGUGUCCUAAUCGACAAGCCGUAUCUAUUUUAUGGCUGUGAAGCAGGCUCGGAUGCUUUCUUAUUGACCAAUUCGCCAUUCGAUAACAAAAACAAGAUUGGUGGCACAUACGAGAAGUUUUUCACCGACGACACGGUGUUUUUCCAGGCCGGAUACAGGGGUAGCGUGGCUGUAGAAAUUCCCAAUGCUACGGGCACGUCAUUGCAGACGAACAUUGUGACGCUUGGUGCGGUGCUUUUGGGUUUGUUUAUAAUCGGUUCAAAGUUGUGGCGCCGUACUGAGGCCAAGAAAGAAGAGUAG